AUGCUGUCUAACUAUGCGGAAGGAGUGCCAGAUCACCAACUUGCCCCUGCUCCUUACCACCCAAGAAAACCAAACAAAAUAAGAGUAGUGUUUGAUUGCGCAGCUCGUUACAAGGGAUCCUCACUGAAUGAUUACCUUCUUCAAGGUCCAAAUCUGACGAACAGUUUGUUGGGUGUCCUAUUGAAGUUCAGGGUGGAACCGAUUGCAAUCGUUGGAGACAUCGAAGAGAUGUUCAAUCAGGUUCUAGUUCGACCUUGUGAUAGAGAUUUCUUGAGAUUUCUAUGGUGGGAGGAUGAUGAUGGCUUAAUAUCGGUGUGCACAGUUGAGGAAGGUGUUAGUCUCGCUAAGCGAACAAUAGAGCUGUGCAAGGAUGCAGGAUUUCGCUUGCAUAAAUUUGUGGCAAACAAUGCAGAUGUGUUAAAAUCGUUGCCAAGCAGUUCAGUGGCUGAUGGGUGCAAACAGUGGAGCACAUUUCCUACAGAACGAACCCUGGGUAUACUCUGGGAUGCUGGUUCAGAUGCCUUUCAAUUUAGUUCCUGUGUUCGAGAACGCCCUUCCACUCGUAGAGGUGUCUUAUCUAGGGUGAGCUCAAUUUUUGACCCUCUAGGGUUUCUUUCACCAUAUGUUUUGGAUGGCAAGAAGAUACUGCAACAUCUGUGUACCAAUGAAUCUAAUUGGGAUCAACCAAUUCCAACAAGUGUCGAGCAGAAGUGGAAGCAGUGGAAAGAUCAACUUAAAUAUUUAAAUAAUGUCCGGAUUGAUAGGUGUUACAAGCCAAACCUAAGGGAACCAUUGUCCAUUAAGUCUGCUGAACUGCCUCAUUUUUGUGACGCAAGUGUGGAUGGGUAUGGUGAAUGUUCAUAUUUGAGACAUGUUGACAAUAAUAACCACGUGAAAUGCUCCUUAGUGAUGAGUAAAGCCAGAGUGGGGCCCAGGAAACCAACAACAAUCCCUAGAAUGGAACAUGUUGCUGCUACAGUGUCAGUCAAGAUCGCUACAAUUUUGAGAAGGGAACUGAGUUGCUACAAGAACUUAAAGGAGCAUUUUUGGACUGACAGUAAGGUCGUUUUAGGCUACAUAGCUAAUGAUGCUAAGCGCUUCCAUACCUUUGUAGCAAACAGGGUCCAGCUAAUACGUAAUAGCAAUGAAUUAAGACAGUGGCAUUACAUUGGCACCAAAGAUAACCCUGCUGAUAUUGCUUCCCGUGGCAUGGAAGUUGAAAAACUAAUAACAUCAGAAAUAUGGUGGAAUGGUCCUAAGUUCUUAUCUGACCCUGUUUACAUGGUAAAAGAGGUGAAUGGGCUUUCAAUUUCCAAUGAAGAUAAAGAAGUCAGAAGAGUUAAUGUUUUUGCUAUGCAAUUGACCCCAGUAUUUCCAGAAUAUAUAACGACUGUCCUUUAG